UCAGGAUCUCACAUAGUAAGUAUGACUGAGCUUCCAAGUUUCAGCUUGGUUAGAGUUCCCGGGAGUCAGACCCGCCCAUCCUGAUUCAAGUCCAGUGGACUCUGUAGUAGGCUAUUCUGUCUCUAGUUCACACUCAUUAGUGCUUGUAGAAUGAGAAUGGAGGAUUGAGAAAUAGGACCGAGUUUGAAUCUUCCUCUGCUCCUUAUUAUCUGGGACAAAUCUGGACAAGUCCAUUUUAAGCUCCGUUUCUUUCUAAAUUCUAUCUUUGGUCCCAUGAACCACCAUGAACCCAGCUAGUUCUUGUGGGAAUUUGAAGCUUCUCCUCAGUGGGGGUUGAGGCAGUGGGAGAAAUCAGGAAACACAAAGGGAGGAACCCAAUGGGCCCGACAGACUUGCCAGGAAGGUCCUAGGUGGCCAUCCAGAGAAGGAGGUUUGCUGGGCAUAGAUUCCCAGACUACCUGAGCUAGGCCAGCUGAACAAUGGCUUGUUGUAGGCUAGAGGCAGGCUGGAAUGUGACCCGGGGAGUUGGGCGGUGGGGCGGCUGCUGUGGUGCGGCGGCUGGGCGGGGCCAGGUAACAGCAACCAGCCCUUUUACCUGUCCAGGUGCCUCCCAUUUCCAGGAGUGCUGCGAAGCCCAUAGCACCUGCAGCCUUUGCAGAUAGUGGCGGGGUUAGGACCGUGGACGGGGGAAUGACUUCUUAGAAUCUUCCCCUCGGUGAGAGGCCGGGGCAGAGUCCAACCCAACUCAGCGGAACCCCGGCGCCGGGGAGGAGGCGGCCCUGCGCAACUCAACACACGCAGAGGGCAAGAUGAAAAAGAACCAGUCGGUGCAAGGGACCUUCAGCAAACUCUUUGGGAAGAAACAUACAACUCCCACCACCACCUCCUUGUAUGCCACCAACCCGCCCUGGAUCUUCACCCAGGAGGUCCCCUUGGAGGGGACCAGGAACUUUGAUGGAAUUUAUUAUGGAGACAAUCAGUUUAAUACUGUGAGUGAGUCAGGAACCGCCACCCUCAAGCCUCGGCCCAGAGUCCGCCCUCUGUUAACCUUCUUACCCCUGAAUGCCCAGGAAAACCAUGGACUGGCUGUUCCAACCCCAUCUGUCCCAGAGGAUUUUGUGGACAAAGAAGUGACAAAUAAAGGCAGUUCCCUACAAGUCAAUGGUAACCUCCGGCUAUACAGCUCUGUGGGUGACUUGAGGUCUGGGCACUAUGGUGAAGAACCCAUCAUCCCUCCACCCCCCAUAGGCCCAGCCCCAGGACCACCUCCUGAUGUCUUGAUGUUUAAGGGGGAAUCUCUACCCCCUCCCCCACCUUCUAUGGCCCCCCCACCUCCUCCCCUACUGCUGGAACCGCAGCCCCCACCCCCACCCAACAUGGCUCCACCUCCACCACCUGUGUCUGGGGCUCUGUCUCCCCCAUCCACACUCUCCUCCCCACCAACCCCCACCCCUCCGGACUUCAUCCCUCCAGCCCCUCCCCUAGCCUUCUUGGCCCCACCACCCCCUCCUAUGCCAGCACCGGGACCCCCAGUCCCAGAGUCUCCUCAUACCCCAACAGGACCUCGCCUCUUCUCUUCUGGUGGUGUCUCCAAAUGGAAAUCAGAGACUGUGCUAAAUGGAGGGCAGUCUGAGGCCCACAAGAACAGCCCUCCCAGAAGCCCCGCUGCUCCUACUGAGUUCAAGGCUGACCCUCAUCUUACCUUCCCCCGUUCCUUCAAAGUGCCCCCCCCAGCACCUGUCAGGACCUCAUCCAUCCCAGUUCAAGAGUCUCCUAAAGAUCUCCAAGAGGAGGAGGUGCCUUCUAAAAAGAUCUCAAACCGGCUUCCCUUACCACCCAGCUUCCACAUCCGCCCUGCAUCCCAGGUAUAUCCUGAUGGGAUUCAGGAGCCAGAUGGCCCCAAGAAGCCCCAAGACACUGUGCCAGCCAGUCCUCAACCUAACCAAAAUAGCCCCAGAAUAAACAGCAGAACAGCAACACCACCCCCAGCGUCUCCAUUACCACCCCCAGCACCCCCUCUCCCCCCAGAGGCUCCCCCUCUGCCGGUGAUCGAAAAGAUCCCAGUGCCACUGGAAGGACUUGGGAAAGGCCCCAAAUCAAGUUCUCCCAUCCCCAAACCCAAAACUCCCACUCCAAUGACUGAGGUCUCCUCAGAUCCUGUGGACUGGAGGGAUCCCAAACAAAUGGACAAACUGAGAAGCGAGUUGGCUGCUUACCUCUGUGGCUCAAGGAGAGAAGAACGUUCCUCCUGCAAUGGGACUGGUCCCACACCUCCCUCCAAAGUUGGAGAGAACAGAGACAAAAGCCCCAAUUUACCCAAAAAAGAACCUCCCCCAAGACUGCCUCUCCCUCCUGUGGACUAUGCCCCAGCAGAACCCCCAACUUCAAGUGUCCAGCGCAUCAGGAGUGAGCUGGAAGCCCUGAUGGCCCCCUCAAUGGAGAAGGAAGCAAAGCCGGCCACAAGUCUCCUAUCCCCUAAGCCCUCAGCAGACACCAGAAGGAUAGCGGAGAAUGGGACUGGGGAUGCCAAAUUUCCUAAGCCAGUGGCCAAGAAGCUCCCACUGUUGCCCACUCCACCCAAACCUGAGGCAGAAAAGGAACCCAGCGUCCUCAUAGCUAAGACUGUCGAGAAAGCCACAGAACCUCAGCCACCAAAAAUAUCUUCUCCCCUUCAGGAUAAGAGCUCCCCUUUGGUGCCUUCAAAACCUGAUAAAAUGGAGACCCCUCCUUCACCAGCCCCUGCACCAAAGACUCCCCUAGCCCAAGAGGAAGCAUCAGUUCUCUACAAACUCCACCGGGACCAGGACCAGGACCAGGCCCAUUCUGGCCAGGACACUGCUGUAGUAAUAUCCAGCCCUGUCAAAAAGGAGCCUGAGGGAAUAAAGGAAAAUGGAAAGCUAUCCGUUAAGAGCCCUGGAGAAGAUCGGUCAGAGGGGGAGGUCCUCAGACACCCAGUGACAGGGGAGGUGGUGGAAAGGGGAUCUCCAAUGGCCUUACUCCUGGCUGCCAAACAGAGGGCCCAGAAGGGACGGGCCAGGGGCAGUGCUCUGGGCCGGUCCUCAUUGCCAGGGAGUCUCCAUGGCAACAGAAAUCAAUCAGAGUCUGUCUCUGAAAGCAUCAUCUAUAGUGAGAUCAGGCCCAACUCCUUCACAGUUGUGCCCAAGCCCAUGAGAGAAAUAGAACAGGCUUCCCAAGUAUCCCCAACAACUCAGCAUGACAGACCCAGCAAGUGGGGCUCCCCAGCUUCAAAAGGUCCAGUGACUUUAGAGUUCCAGCCCAGGCAAAAAUGGUCAAAGGAAGAACCUCAGGCUUCCCUAGGCCAGGAGAGACCAGCCGCUUCCUACAGCCCCCAAAGCCACCUGCUAUCCAAGUCUUUCUCUUCACCAUCCUCCCCUUCAUGCAAAGGAGGUGAGGAAGAGGAGGAAGAAUUUAACUUUGAGGUCAUCCCACCACCUCCUGAGUUCAGCAACGAUACUGCUCUGCCUACCCCACCUCCGGCCCCAGCUCCUUUCCCAACUCCAACCUACCUGGGCCAUAGGGGCUCUCCUCUCCGAAACAGCUUCUCAGACUAUGGCCAGACCUUAGACCUGGGUCUUCCCAGCUAUGAGCGGCCUUCACCCUCAGGAUCCCCGGGAAAUACCUACUCCCGCUACUAUCCUGGUGUCCACUACAGUGGGAGCGGGGGCUUGGAACGCUUCUCAAGUGGUGGCCACUCCCUCAUUAAGAAACGCCUUUACCUAAAUGAACCUCGGAGGAGCCCUGGACCCCCACGCUGUAGCCCAGGAGGUGGAACUGCCCGAAGUCUGAGCACCCCAAAUGCUUUUGGGCCCCAACCUGGUGGAACAUAUGGGUCUGGACAUGGAGGAGCAGAGAUGCGACGUGUUAAUUCUUCAGGCCGGGUGCCUGGGGGUUUGCAUUCUCGAAGGCUGUCCCUGGAAGGGACUGGAAGGAAUGGACCCUAUGCAGGACGGGCAGUUGGCAGUGGUGGACCUGGGGAGAAUAUAUACAAAAUAUCUAAUGCAGACUACAGCUUCGUCCCAGCAACCAGCAGGUCCUCCCCCAGCAGUGCUAAAUACAGCAGUCCCCUCAACACUUUCACAGUGCGGCCUGGAACCCGACAACCAAUUUCCUACGUAUACUCUGGAGCACAUAGAAAAGCCACAUCUUGAGCUCUUUGCCUGUUUCAGUGGGCUGAAAGUUACUUGAGAGACACAUGGACAAAUGAGAAGUAGUCUUCUGGAGAGAAUGAAAGGCUUUUGUUUGAAUUUUGACAAAACACUGUCAUUGACACUGGAUUAAGGAGGGGAGGAAAGGGAAAGACCCUUAGCUAGGAUCCCAAAUUAGCAAAAGCCCAAGUUUUUGGCAGAAUAGAACUUAUGCCCCAAUCCCCCCUACCCACCCCAACAAAUGCAAAAAAUUUUAUGAAGUUUUGAAAGUUCAAACCUAAGUAGCCUGUGAACAAUACAGUAGCAGGGAUGUUGUCUCCUAACCCCCAGGUCUACAAAGGGCUAAAAGUCUUAAUUGAAACUCCAUGAGAUUAUUAAUGAGCCCCAUAGAACAGUUGGAAUAUCCAUCUGGUUAGCUCUUAGAUCUUGCUCUAAAUGCUUGUCACUUCUGGUAGAGGGCUUGACCAUGUCCCAGCAGAAUUGGGAAGUUUUCACUCCCCCAAAUGAAAGGGUCUUCAACCUGCUCCCAUCCACAGCCAUCCCACUAACAUGGAGACCCAAGAAAAUCAGAGUGCCUUGGACUGCUGUUUAUCUUGGGUAAAGAAAGGGAAGGGGGACACUAUAUUUUUUUCCAUUUCCUUAGGCCAGGACUAGGAGAAGAUGAGUUGUAUUUUGAGGGGAAGGGUGAAAUGGGACUUGCUUUACAAUUCAAGUCUAGGUCUUCUUAGCCAUGAUUUUGGGAUCAGAAAAUAAAGGAGCCAGAAGACCUGGGUUCUAGGAUUUGGCUUUGGAAUCAUUCAUUUAUCCAGGCCUUCCAAUGUGCUUAAAAGGCAGAAUCCUCACGGAUCUUGACUUAUUUCCCCAACCCACCCCCUCAAAAAAAAAGUUGUUCACCACACUUAUCCCCAGGAUUUUAAAAUCUGUAGCUAAGGCAUUAAGAAGAAUAAGGAAGGUAGUGUCAAUGGAUUAUUUGUAGCUGAUGAGUUUAAUGUUUAACUGAGAAGAGAGAAGGAGAAAGGAAGAAAAAGAUUGUGUUCAAUCUAUCUGGUUCAAGGCAGGGACAUCUGCUUCCAAAGCAAUGUCCCUUUUAAAUGUCCUUCCUGGACCUAGGCUCAGGUAAGUGACUUUCCUGAAUCCAGUCCAGAGCCAGAGGAGCUGCCCAUCUCUGUCUCCUCUGGGUCAGAGGGUGCCAUUAGGUGAUAAAGAAUGUGAAUUGUGUUAAUUUGUGGGUACAUGCUCAAUGGGAAAGUGCACAGAAGAUGCUCUAAGGAAACAUUAGAAAUUUGGAACAUUGAGGAAAAAUUGGGAAGGGAAGAGGGGAAGUGGAGGAAUGGGAAGGGGAGAAGUAAAGCCUGCUAGAGAAACUAAAAGAACCCUGUAUAUCCCUUGCUGAGUCUAGGAGAUAGUAUCUGCCCAUCUCCUUAUAAGAAAUGUACUUGAUCCUACCUCCAAGCCUAGCCCUGGCUCUAUGUAUAUGAAAUUUGUGUGUAUUUUCUCUGUGCAAUGUUUUAUAAGAGAGUCUAUUAACUUAUAUUCUGUAUUAAGGCACACACGGGAGAGGUGGGGUGUGGGCUAACUGCUGUAUAUUAUUUAGAAAGAGCAGAGAGUGGGUUUUUCUUGGCUUUGGAAAUAAACAGGCCUAGUUUGAGAUUACUGACCAUGACCAGCUCUCCAAUUGUGCACUAAGCAUUUGGAUUUAUUAUGAUGGAGGGGGGAGGGAGGAGAAGGGAAGAGAGUGGGAGCAAAAAUUGGUAGAUCUUUUCUUUUUGUUCCUGGAAGUCAAGUCCUUUAAUUCUUUCAACCCCAACUACCUUUCCCUCUCUAUCUUAGGUGGUAGGUGAGAAGAGCUUGUUGAAGGCUCAGUGAGGAUGAUAAAUUUCUUACAUUUAAACCUCCUAAGAAAGCUGUGAUAAGGCUGGCAGCAUUAAGGAUUUGCACAAAUCAUUUCUCACUGAGUUUCCUUAUCUAUAAAAUUCUAAAGUCCUGUCCCACUCUAAAAUCCUAUAACCAGAAAGAAGAGAAAACCCAAAGGAGGCUAGAAAGUAUUGGAAGAAAACACUAAAGACAGGAGUAGCUGAGGCAGUGGGACCUAGGAAAAGGAGCGUUAGAUUUUGGAGUAUGGAGACCCAAGUUUGAAUCCAGGCCAGGCCACUUAUUGGCCAUGUCAACUGACCUUAGGCCUCAUCUUUUUCGUCAGAUAAAGAAGCUGGACCGAUCAUGGGCUCUAUGGAUCCCUUCCAAUAAUUGGUGCUGGUCCUGGAGUCAAGAGGACCUAAAUUCAAAUCCAGCAUCAGACUGGACAAAUCACUUAAUCCCAAAUGCCUCACACAUAAAAAAUAAAACAAUAAUAAUAAUUGGUGCUUUAAGGAAACAGUGGAGAGCCCUCAGGUGACCAGGAGUUUUAUAUAUCUCACCUAAUCUUUACAAACAACUGGGUAAGGUAAAAGUUACUGGUAUCGUUCCCAUUUUAUAGGUAGAGAAACUGAGACUUGGAAGGUGUGAACGGUCCACCUUCACUUGGCCAUCAGGUGUCAGAGGAGGGAUAUGGACGAAGGUCUGCUUGACCCCAAAUCCUGCUCCCUAGUCUUUGUGCCAAAAAGCCUCAAGCUAGUCACAAUAAGUCUGUGACCAAGCCAUUAGGCUGAGGAUGUUUAUAUUUCCUCUUCUUUUUUGGCAGAGGGCUGAUGGUGGGGGCAGGGAAGACCAGAAAGAUGCUUUGGUUGUACAUCAGCCUGUACCUCACAGGGAGAAAUAUGAAAAUUUUCCACCACCUUAGACGGCCUCACCUGGCCCCUUCUCCUUGAUGCUUCCUCAUUCCCUUAGCCUGGUUCUCAGCAGCUUUCCACCAGACCCCUGAAGCACACACCCAGUUGUGCAGAGAUGCGUUCAUCUGGGACGGGUUGCACCAGUUUCUGAGUGCUCACAACCCAGCCCUAAGUGAGUCCGGGUCUAUCCCGGGGGGGCCAGAAGUAGAAAGAAGGUUGCCCCAUGCUUGGGACCCCGGCUUUCUUGACAAUAUUAAAUAAAUAAUGGACAAGCUUCCCCAAAUUGUCCCCCAAUUGUCCCCAAAUAGCAAUUUGAUGGAGAAGGGGUGGGUGGGAAGGUUGUGAUGGGAGAAAAGGGACGAAGCUCGUCUGCUUGCUGCAGUCCCCAAAAGGGUGGGGGUGGAGCAGGUUGGCAUAUAUAGGACAGACUGACUUCACCCGGAGUUUCUGCAGUCAACUGCUACCUAUGUGGAGCUCAGCCAAGGAGCCCCAGGCCAGGGCGCUCCCAGACCAACCCUGCCCAGGGAGUGCUUGUGGACAGGUGAGUCAGCCACAGGUAGAUGGAGCAGGGUGCUGAGGAGAGGGUGUUCCCACACCCCUUCGGGACUCCCCAGUGGGGCAGCUGGGCAUUUAUCCCAGGGCCUACAAUGCAGGGGAGGGAAUCCCUAGAAAUUGCCCUUUGGGAAUGUACCUGGAGCUAGUCCCAGGGGCCUCCCAGGUCAACUUAAUACUUUCACUGUUGAACUCAGAAGCAUUUUACUGGGGCCUGGCCUGCCUUGUAACAAGAGUCUUCUCUCACCACUCCUACAAUCAAGUGUCAGUACAACCAACCAGCCAUUUUGAGAUCUGGUGGAAGCUAUAGAAGGUGGAGUAAGGUAAAUAGAGAAAGAGGACAGCCUUAAACAUUGAGGGAUAGCAGAGAAUUCCAGCCUAGCUCUCUCCACAGAUUAAAAAUCAGAAUUUCCUAGAAACAACUUGUGAUUUAUUCUUUUAUAGACUUUUACAAUUGUUAAAGUACUUUUCCAAUUCUACCAUCCUUUUGGGGCAGGUAUUCCUGUUUUACCAUGAAGAAAUGGUCAGAAACAUUAAAUGACCUUAAGUUCACUGAGCUCAUAGGAACUGGAAGAGAUCUCAGGUAUUGGUUCAAUCAUGUCAUUUUAUAAAUGAGUAAAAUAAAGUCCAGAGAAAUGAAGAUCACAGGGGUGGCAAGGGACAGAAAAUUAAUUCCAGAUCCAGACUCCAAAUUCAGUGUAUCUUCUACUACAUCAACUUUCCUGAUCCUUCAGAGUCAGAGGAACUAGUUUGAAUUCUGGCUCUUUUACCUCAAAGUUUGAAACUGGAAUCUUUUUAGGAUGAGCAAAAAAUAAAAGAAAGGAAACAGCUGCUCCUUGCAAAGCUGAUUUGUAAAGUAUGGGUCAGACCCAUCCAUUUCCACUGGCACCUGAUACCAGAUUUUCCCAAACUCUCUCUAGCUAAUGGGAGCUUUUUGAUUGUUGGCUUGUUUUUACUCUUAAAACUCAAGAGCACAUUCUGUCAUUAGUAGAGAGGGCAGAAAGUAGCUUCCUCAACUGGGUUCAGGAGCUGCUAUUGAUUCAUACUUGGGGGAUAUGAGUUUUAGGUGCCCCUUUUCCACAAGAUUUUGUGGUGCUUAAAGGAAUAAGAUAGGAGGGGUUAUAUCUUUGGGAAAGAUCAGGGCUAUCCAACAUGAUUUUCUGUACUUUCUCAUUACUUCAACUAUCUCAGCCUCUAAGAUCGAACCUUCUCUAUUCCCCCAAAUCUUGGAGCCUUUCUCUUAAAACUUCUACCUGAGCCAGCAACCAGCCAUCUCUAAGAAUCUUGCUUCCAUGAAGUUCCCUUCCUUCUCCAAUAUUACCAAUGUCUCCCUCUCCACUGGCUGCUCAGGUUUCAUAUAAAAAUUAAAGAUUGUUAGGAUCCCUUAAUGAUUAACUAGCCCAGAAGCCUCUGAAUGGAACCUAAUUCUGGCUACUCUCAUCUCAGCAAAGUAAUAGACUGGCUGGACCUAUUUCCAAAUUUGACAUUUGCCCAAGGAUAUAAUCAAUGGCAAAUUACAUAUAGAAAAAUCUCAGGCUCAAAGUAGGCAAGUUAUUUUUUCAAGGUCUCACAGAUGGUUAGUAAUUCUUGACUCAUUUCUCAUUUCUCUUUAAAAGAACUUCAUUUGUUCUUGGCUUACCCUCUAAUUACUGUCCUAUUUCUCUUCCCUUUUGCUGAAAAAUUCUGAUGAAUAGCUCUCUGUGUAUUUCUCAUAUUUACCUUUUCUUCUUUUUUCUCUCCCCUUGCCUCUUAUGUACACUUUAUAUACACUUAUUAGCUCUCUGCAAUCUCUUGCCCACCAUUCAAUGACCUAAUCUCCCCAUUUAGUAGUCUUCCUUUCCUGUCCUUGGUUUUCAUGACACUGCUGACUUCUGGUUCAUUUUCUACCCCUUCUAACUACUCCUUCUAUCUCUCCUAUCCUGAGUUCUUUCCUUUCAUGUUCUUAAUAUAAUCGUUCCAUAAAAUGUUUUGAUCCUCAAUCUAUAUGACACUCUUCCUCAGAGAACUGAUCCAUCCUUAGCUUCAACAAUCACCUUCUAUGUGCAUGAUUCCCUCCACCUUCCAUCCUUUUCUCAUCAUAGGUACAAUUACAUAUUGCAAUACAUAAUUACCUAUUUUCAGAUUACAAAACAUCUCCAAAACUGAACCCAGUAUACUCAAUUAACAGAUUGAGUGCCUACCACUUUGUAUAGUAGAAAAAAGACAGGAGAUGAAGUUCCAGCUGAUAUUUCUGAGCUGUGUGACUAUAAGCAAGUCACUUUCCAUUUUUAAAUUUCACUUUUUAUAUCUGUAAAAUGGAGAAUAAUGUCUGGUGACUCCAGCUAGGAGCUCAGUAUUAGAAAGGACUUCAAAGGUCACCUGAAUAGCUUACCUUGAAUAGCUUCCCCAAUAACAGAGCUCCGGCACUGCUUAAAGACUCCCUGAACCUAUACAAUAGGGCUUUAGUCAACCUUAGGAGCACUAGAGAAAUGUGAACAGCUGCAAGCUCAGCUGUCAUUAUUGUUCUAGAACAGAAUUCUUCAUGGCUUUCCUCUUCCACCGCUAGAAACUACUAUUGUCAAGAUAAUUCUUCCACAUCUUUAAGUUAUUAAUACAAACUAUUUUAAAAUGUUUUCUUUCUCAGAAAGCUUGCUGGUUUUCUAAUGAUUUCCCUCAUAAAGAUUCCCAAUCACCUGAGUUCAUUGCUUCUUUUCCUCUUUAUUUUAUGUCUUCCUCUCAUAUCUAAAUAGAUACUGAGUCCAGUUGAUUCUUUCUUCUGUCUGUUCUAUGUGUGUCCCUUCUCCAUUUCUGCUGCCACCAUCCUAGUCCCAGGCUUCAUCAUCUCAUAGAAUGUCAUAGCUGGAAGAGACAUGAGACUCCCUCUACUCCAGGGUUCUCAAUUUUGUUUGUGUUAUGGAUGCCUUGGGCCAUCCGCUGAAGCCUAGAGACCCCUCCCUUCUCAGAGUAAGUUUUUGAAUGCAUAAAAUAAAAAUGCAUAACAUCACUAAGCAAAGCAAUUAUAUUCAAAUGCAGUUAUCAAAAUAUUUUUUAAAAAGCAAAUGUACAGACCUCCAAUUAAGAACCCUUGUAUUAGAUCAAUUCUUUUUUUUCUCUGUCUCCCCUCCCUCUCUUUUUUCUUUCUCCCUUCCCCUCCCCCUUGUAUGUCUCUAGGUCUCUAUUUCUCUGUGUAUAUCUUUUUAUCUCUCUUUACUGUCUCAGACUGGGAGGCAGAAGGGUCUGAAUUUCUGAUUUCUUUCAUUUAGAGAAUUCCUUAGGUGAGGAAACUCCACCUACCAAAGCAGAUUUUCCUGUGUUCUCCAGCUCAGUUUACCUGGGUUCACAGACAGGUUAAGUGAAUUGCCUGAGGUGGUACAGUCAGUAGGAGUCAUGGGUAAGACUUGACCCCAGGUUUUCCCCUGUCUAUGAGGCCCACUCUCUAUCCAUUACACCAAACUGCCUCUUUCUUACCCUCUCAUGUUAAAAAAGAGGCAACUGAGAUCUAGAAACAUGAAGUAAUGUGUCAAGGGACACAAAUAACAAUGAUAAUAGAUAACCUUAAGGUCUGCAAAACACUUUACAUACAUUAUCUCAUUUGGCCCAUGCAAAAACCUUAGCAUUCCCUUUCAGUUGGGGGAAUUGAGACUGAAAUAAGUUAAGUGAUUUGCCCAGGGUCAUACUGUUACUACUAGCCUGAGGAAGGAUUUAAACUCA